AUGGUUGAAGGAAGUUGUCUUUGCGGCAGUGUGAGGUUCACUCUCGACAUUGAUCCUGGGGCUGCGGAAACACAAACAAAAGCAUGCCACUGCCGCCCUUGCCGCAAAAUCACGGGGGCAUUCACCUCUCUCAACUUGACCGUUCCCUCGAAAGCAUUCGCCCUCACAAACGGCAGCUUGAAGACGGUCAAGACAACUCACGCCGAUGAAGGAUUCGAAUUUGCCUUGGCCUUCUGUCCGGACUGUGGGAGUCCCAUCUACGCCGUACCGUACUGGGCAGGGCCGCAAGAUAUUCUCGUGAUCCAGGUGGGCACGCUCGACGAUGCCGACGUGCUGGAGAAAGUGCCGGCUGUGGAGAUGAAUGUGAAGCAUCGACUCGGGUGGGUUAAGGAUGUUGAGGGGGCUGAACAGAAGGAAAAAUAUGUAUGA